AUGCCUGCGCCAGACUUAUACGAGGAAUUUCGGCGGCUGUCGAAAACGACGCCUGUCGUCGACGUCCACAACGACCUGCCCUACCAGCUCAGAUGGCAGCUGCACUACGAAAUAAACGAGGAUAAGUUCCAUUUCGACGAGCCGCUCGUGUCGCAGACAGACCUGCGUCGCAUGAAGCAGGGCGGCGUCGGUGUCCAGUUCUUCAGCUGCUGGAUGGACUACCCAAGUCCCGACGAGCUGUACCAGGACUUUGAGAGACCCAACAGCAUUGUACGGGACACGCUGGAGCAGGUGGACAUCAUCAAACGGCUCGUCGACAAGUACUCGCGGAGCAUGAAAUUUGUGACCAGCGCGGAUGAGGCGCUGCGCAGCUACCAGGAGUCGAAUGGCGACAUGAUAUCCGUCACAAUGGGCGUGGAGGGCCUGCACCAGGUCGACACGUCGCUCGCCGUGGUGAGACAGUACUACGACCUUGGCGUGCGCUACAUCACGCUGACGCAUAACUGCGACAACCCGUUUGCUACCGCGUGCACGACUGUCAUUGCCGGCAAGGAGGACAAGGGCCUCACCGCGUACGGCCGCGACUGCAUUCGCGAGUUCAACCGCAUCGGCAUGAUGGUGGACCUGAGUCACGUGUCGUACAAGACGAUGGUGGACGUUUUGCAGAUUGCGCGUGCGCCGGUGAUUUUUUCGCACAGCUCGGCGUACUCUGUGACUAACCACGAGCGGAACGUGCGGGACGACGUGCUGCAGAUGGUGAAGGCGAACGGCGGCGUUGUGUGUGUGGAUUUUGUGCCCAACUUCAUCAAGAAGCCCGACGCGGCCGACGCGUCGAUCGACGACUGCGUCGACCAUGUGCUGCACAUUGUCAACCUCAUCGGCUGGGACCAUGUGGGGAUCGGGUCUGAUUUCGAUGGUAUGGGCGCCACGGGCCCCAAGGGACUCGAGGAUGUGUCGAAAUUUCCCGACCUCGUCGUCAAGGUGUGGGAAAAGUCUGGCGCUACGCACGAGGAUAUCCGAAAGUUUAUGGGGCUGAACGUCAUCCGUGUGUGGAAAGAGUGCGAGCUGGUGUCUGAAGCGCUGAAGAACGAGCUGCCCGUCGAGACAAACUGGUCUGGAAGGCAGUGGCGAUUCCCCAAGUACAUCACGCUGUGUCCGGAGUUGUUUCCCGGCGCGGCGACUGCAAAAUCGACGCCAGACAUGUUCUACGAGGCCAAGCGGUACACUUUCAAGGACGUGGAGGGCGAAUACGAUCCUAAAUAGGAGAACUAGCUGUUUACAACGUGUAGUGGCCGGCGUCGUUGUCCCAGAUUUUGACGUUGAUAUUGUCGUCGAUCUUCUGGUGCACCUUGCCGAGCUCUGUGAGAAUCUGCGCCCAGGCGUCGUCGGAGCGUAGCGACUCGUCGCUUUGCGUGGAGGCGGCAGAAUGGACCGCAUCCUGCGGGGUUUGAGGGUGGCCAAACACCUGCUGCCAGGUUGCGUGUUUGAGCUCAAUCACGAGCGACCAUCGUUGUUUACACAGCGGUGUCGUGUGGUGGGCCAGAUACCCGAGAUUUUGCACCGCGUCCUCCAAAACGCGCACCUUGGCGCAUUUCUCGAGCGCGUGGAUGGCUUCCGACGAGUGCACUCCGCGGUCCAGACAUGCGACGUCGGCGAUCAGGCUGCGCAACAGCGCCAAAAUCGUCUGGAUCGGCUGGAACUUGCGGAUCUCCCAGAGAUAUCGCUUAUUUUUCGGCAUCGAGCCGUACGACAGAUACUGCUGAAGCAAGUGGAUCUGGCUCUCCUCGAACUCCGAACCCACCGUGCGCAACUGCACGUCAGACACAGACGAGGUCUCCGGGUUGCCAAACGUGCCAUUGUGGUCCGGGUGUUUCUGCAGCGAGAGAUCGACGAGCACGUGACACCGGUCAGCAAGCGACGAGAUGACAGCGGUGCUGAACGCGAGCCAGUCGGCGUGGAUGGUGCGCGCAUUGUCGAGCAGGCGCUGGGUCGCGGCAGCGCACUGCAGCGCCAGGUUAUCGAUGUCCCUGCGCAGCGCAAACCAGUCCUCGUCGGACGGUGUCUGUAGCCGGAACGCGAGCCGCAGAAUGCGGCUGCACACCACGGCCCAGCCGAACCGGCGGUUCGCGAAGGUCACGUGCGCGUCGAGCAGAAAGUCGCCUGUACCGGACUUGGUGUACUCUGCCGGGAACUGCGUGUCGUGCUCGCCCUCGACGAUGAUGGGUGGCAUCCGCGUCGAGAGCGCUGUUGUGCAGUCGAGGUAGUAGAUGUGCCACCAAAGAAUGCGGCGCUUUUGCACGUCUCUGGCGUCAGCAAUGCGGUGGUAGCUCCAGGGGUCGCGUUGCAGCUCGAGCAGCUGCG